UACAAUAAGAUUUAUUUUUUUGAUCGCCCAGGCCGAGCACGAUGCCCCCCAAGAAGGGAGGUGAUGGAAUUAAACCACCCCCAAUCAUUGGAAGAUUUGGAACCUCACUGAAAAUUGGUAUUGUUGGAUUGCCAAAUGUUGGGAAAUCUACUUUCUUCAAUGUAUUAACCAAUAGUCAGGCUUCAGCAGAAAACUUCCCAUUCUGCACUAUUGAUCCUAAUGAGAGCAGAGUACCUGUGCCAGAUGAAAGAUUUGACUUUCUUUGUCAGUACCACAAACCAGCAAGCAAAAUUCCUGCCUUUCUAAAUGUAGUGGAUAUUGCUGGCCUUGUGAAAGGAGCUCACAAUGGGCAGGGCCUGGGGAAUGCUUUUUUAUCUCAUAUUGGUGCCUGUGAUGGCAUCUUUCACCUAACACGUGCUUUUGAAGAUGAUGAUAUCACGCAUGUUGAAGGAAGUGUAGAUCCUAUUCGAGAUAUAGAAACAAUACAUGAAGAGCUUCAGCUUAAAGAUGAGGAAAUGAUUGGGCCCAUUAUAGAUAAACUAGAAAAGGUGGCUGUGAGAGGAGGAGAUAAAAAACUAAAACCUGAAUAUGAUAUAAUGUGCAAAGUAAAAUCCUGGGUUAUAGAUCAAAAGAAACCUGUUUGCUUCUAUCAUGAUUGGAAUGACAAAGAGAUUGAAGUGUUGAAUAAACACUUAUUUUUGACUUCCAAACCAAUGGUCUACUUGGUUAAUCUUUCUGAAAAAGACUACAUUCGAAAGAAAAACAAAUGGUUGAUAAAAAUUAAAGAGUGGGUGGACAAGUAUGACCCAGGCGCCUUGGUCAUUCCUUUUAGUGGGGCCUUGGAACUCAAGUUGCAAGAAUUGAGUGCUGAGAAGAGACAGAAGUAUCUGGAAGCGAACAUGACACAAAGUGCUUUGCCAAAGAUCAUUAAGGCUGGAUUUGCAGCACUCCAGCUAGAAUACUUUUUCACUGCAGGCCCAGAUGAAGUGCGUGCAUGGACCAUCAGGAAAGGGACUAAGGCUCCUCAGGCUGCAGGAAAGAUCCACACAGAUUUUGAAAAGGGAUUCAUUAUGGCUGAAGUAAUGAAAUAUGAAGAUUUUAAAGAGGAAGGUUCUGAAAAUGCAGUCAAGGCUGCUGGAAAAUACAGACAACAAGGCAGAAAUUAUAUUGUUGAAGAUGGAGAUAUUAUCUUCUUCAAAUUUAACACACCUCAACAACCGAAGAAGAAAUAAAAUUUAGUUAUUGCUCAGAUAAACAUACAACUUCCAAAAGGCAUAUGAUUUUUUUGAAAUUAAAAUUUCUGAAAACCGAUGGGACAAAUAAAGUUGGGGAGAUGGGAAUCUUUAACAAA